GUUGUUAGGUCACGUGGCCCCCGUGACGUACCAGCACUCGUUUUGCGCCCGUGUCAUAACGGCACAACUCAUCUCUCAGGAUCAGCUGUAGAUCUGAUGCCUGCUACAAGCUCUACAUAGCUUUAGUUACAGCGGGAUGAUGGGUGAUAUGUACCAUUACCCGGUUUUCUUUGAGUGCUACGGUCUCCGCGAAGAGGAUAUAAAAGGAAUAGAAACAUAUUUCCGUCGCGCCAUCUCGGGCGGAGGAGACUGCGGCCCACUGAUAAGACUGGGUGAGGACGUCUAUGGUAUUGCUUUCAGAUAUGAAAGGG